AUGGCAAGUGAUGAUAGUGAUGAGACAGAAAAGCAGAGUAAACGAGGCUAUUUUCGAAGAAUUACGACAAAUGCUUUUCAUCGACAGUCAGAAGCAUUUUAUGAACAUCCAAUAGUUCGUGUAUCAUCAAACAUAAAACGAGAGUAUAUAGUAACAACAACCACAAAUCAAUCAAAAUGUAAAAUAUUAAAACGAAAUGAUUUUGAACAGCAAGAAAAUGUUGUGAUGGACUCUCACGUAUCAGCAAUAGAUGAUGAUAUUUCCAUUUCAAGUUUAUUUGACUGUACAUUUAAAACUGAUACACUCAUGAUCAGCAGUAAUCAACGCGAUCCUGUUAAUCGAUUAGGUUUAUCUGCUUAUUCACCAACAAUAACUGUAAUAAGAUCAUCCAAUCAACGACGUCCAAGUACAACUAAAUUUAAACAUCAACAAGCGUUUAGUUUAUUAACACUGCAUUUAAAGUCUGUUUGGAUUUUGUUAACAGAUGAUUUGAAAUUCAAUGGUUUAACUGGAAAUGGCAAUGUUAAUAUGAUUGCAUUCGACUGUGGUUAUUACAUGAAUCUGUGCUAUGGUGCAUUAACCACAAUGAAUAAAUUCCUUUGUUACUCGGAAACGUAUUUCUACCAGAAGAAGUCACCAUGGAAAUUAUUCUUCGGACGAGAUAGGUUUGAAAUCAUAAUGGUUGAUUACGGUAGUCAGACAAUCCAUGCGUUUAAGAAAGUUAUUACAAAGGAACACAUUACACCAGGGGCUAUUAUUGAUAUUUCUGAAAACGGAUUUGUGGUAUAUAUUUGUAUCAAAGGAAAUCCAGCGGAAUAUGUAAAAAAGAAAGGAUCAAAUGAAAGGUAUUGUCGAGUAUAUAAUCCUGAAGUCCAACCACAAAUGUCGACUCUACGUCUGACUGUUUGUACAAAAAAUAUACUUGGUAAAAAACUACGCAUUGUAGACACAGCAGCAAGAAAUGUAAAACAAACAUUGGAAAAUUUUAUCAGUUUCUUUCAAUCAAAUAAAAUUCCGGUUUAUUUUGCCUCAAUUCAGUUCAACAGAAGUGAAUCAAUUGUUAAUUAUCAACAGCACAAAGAACGAUUCCGAACAUUUAUACAAAGUUAUUCAUAUAAAAUGUUAUUAACUAUUGGUGGUUGUCGUCUUCAACAAAAGAUGACAUAUUAUGUCAUUCAACAAUUGUUAGCAUUAGAAAAUAAUGAUGAAUUAUUUUAUUAUGUUUGUUUACGUUUGAUUCGUUAUGCAUCAAAAAAUUAUUUUCUUGAUGAUAUAGCCAAUGAAAUUAAAAAUAUCUUAGAGUAUUAUAAUGAAUUUUACAUUCACAGCCUUUUUUAUCAAUUAGAAAAAUCAUUUGAAAUGAUACCACAUAUUGUAAUAACACCAACAAUAAUUAAAUUUUAUCCAUUUAAAUUUGCUAAAUCAAAUCGGGUACUCCGAGCCACGGACAAAUUUGGUGGGAUCCAGAAUUUUGCAGUCGUCGAAUUUAGAGAUGAUAACGGGACUCAACUUCAAACAAGAAAUUUUUCUGAUGUUAUACAAUUAUUUGACAAUUAUCUUGAUAAAGAACAUGGGCUACAAAUUGGUGAUCGAGUUUAUAUAUAUUUUCAUCAUGCACAAUCUCAAUUAAAACAAAAACAAUUCUAUUUCUACUAUCAUGAUGAACAAAAAGGAUUUCUCUCAGUUGAAGAUGGUUAUGCAUGGAUGGGCGAUUUCACAAGUAUACGAGUUCCAGCUAGAUAUGCUGCACGAAUGUCACAAUGCUUCUCUACUACCGAAGCAACCAUUCGUAUUCCAGCUGAAGCUGUUUUAUAUAUUCGUGAUCUAUUAAGUUCUGAUGGCAAAUAUAUAUUUUCUGAUGGAGUAGGACGAAUAUCGAGUCGACUAAUAAAAAAGAUACAUGACUAUAUGGGUUGGGAAGGCGCUAUUUCAAAUGUAAUACAAAUUCGAUAUGGUGGAUGUAAAGGUACAUUAGUAUGCGAUCCGAGUUUAGAUGAAGAAGAAAAGCAAGUCUUAAUACGGGAUAGUAUGAGAAAAUUUAACAGUGAGGAUGAUACAUUAGAAAUAUGCAAGCGAUCUAUACCACGACCGGUUUAUUUGAAUCGGCAGACUAUUAUUCUUCUAUCAAAUAGAUUAAUAGGAGAUUCUAUAUUUUUUAUAUUACAAUUAAAGAAUAUUUUAUGGUUAAUUAAGUCAUUAAUUUCAACUGCACCAGCAAUUAAAUUAAUGCAUGAAAAAGUUCUUCGAGUCUUUCCAUUAGAAGAACUUUCAAAACAUCCAGCUUUAUAUAACGAACCAUUCUUUCAACAAUUGGUUUCUACAACAUGUCGAAAUGUUAUUUUUACGCUCAAAAAUCGAGCACAUAUCCCUAUUGAUAUAUUCAAAGGACGCUACAUGUUUGGUAUUGUUGAUGAAUAUGGUAUUCUCAAACCGGGACAGGCUUUCGUCCAAUAUACCAAUAUGAAUGAUCGAACAGCGACAACAACCUUGAAUAAUCAAAAAGUAGUGGUAUCGAAGAAUCCCUGCCAUCAUCCAGGCGAUUUGAGAACCUUUGAAGCUGUUGAUGUACCACAGUUACGACAUUUGACAGAUUGUAUCAUUUUUCCACAACAUGGUUCGAGACCACAUCCACAUGAAAUAGCUGGUAGUGAUCUCGAUGGUGAUGAAUACACGGUUAUAUGGGAUCAAGAUUUAGUUCCUUUACUAACCGGAAAUUUUGAACCAUAUGAAUAUGAUUCAGAUAUAAAACCGAUAAAAUUAGAUCGUCCAAUAAUACGAAAAGAUAUAAAAGACAUUAUUUUAUCAAUAUGUCAACAGGACAAUUUAGGACGUCUAAGCAAAAUGCAUUUAGCUUAUGUUGAUAAAUUUGGUGUUAUUGAUUCUCGAUCUAAAGAUUUAGCAGCGGGUAUUAGUAAAGAACUUGAUUCAGUUAAGAAUGGUUAUCAUCCGUAUACUGAAGCACAAAUUACUGAUUUACAAAAUGAACUCGGCAUAACAAGACCUGAUUAUACGGAAUACGAUAAUUAUGAAUCAUAUCCUUCUAAACAUAUACUUGGUAAACUCUAUCGAUCAGUAAAUCGAUUCUUGCCCACAUUUAAAACGAUUAAUCACGAUGUUAUCAAAUAUGACAAAGCAUUUAUAUAUGGCAAUUGGCAAAACUACAUAGUAGAAGCUACCGCUUUAUUCAAGAGUUAUCAAUCAGAACUAUUUGAAAUAAUAUAUGCACAUAAUUUCGAUAAUGAAAUUGAUCUAUUUUGUUGCUGUGAAUCUCAAAAUAUAAAUAAUAAUGAUCGAUCUGAAAUUCAAGCAACAGCUCAACAAUUACUCUCUAAAUUAUUUAAAUAUAUAUUAGAAAAAUUUAAUAAUGAAUUAGAUGCAUCACAUCUUAAAGCAGAUUGUGUAUGUUCACAAUGUCAACAACAAAUGGCAAAAGCGUCUGCUUGUUACAUCAUCUGCUAUUUGGAAGUGAAUCGUUCUAAUGAUAAUAAAAAACGAAUUUUAAGUUUCCCUUGGAUAUUCACGUCAUGGUUGAUCAAAAUGAAGAAAAUCACACAUAACGAUGAAGAACAACUAGAAAAACAUCUCUAUAGCAUUCCAAUGAAAUUCAAAAUAUAUUCUAAAUAUUAUAGUAGCAAUGAAAGUUUUGUUUAUAUGAAAAACAAUCUAACAAAACAAUAUCAGAUAAUAAUAGUUUCUUAUGAAAGAAUUAAAUUUAUUGAAAUUAUUCAUAAUUGGUUACAUCAACAAGAAAUAUUUGGUAAUAAAUAUGAUGAAUGUUCUCCGAAACCAGUGAUACCAAACUCAUGUUGGGAAGAAAUUAAAACAAAAUUCAUCUCAUCAUCAGUGAUGAAUAAUAAUAUUCAUGAUAAUCCACAUCAAUGGAAUGUUGUAUUCGAAAAAGAAAAACAAACAUCAUAUCGAAUUAAUUACAAAAUAAAUAAUGAAGACUAUUAUCCAAUGUAUUAUGAAUUGUUAGAUAUUUGUUUUGCUGAUACAAUUGCUAGAGAUGACAUACAUCUAGCACUGCUGAGUGACUAUAUCAUGCAGGGCUUCUUAAAUAUGACUCUUGAACAUUAA